AUGGUAAACAUUAAAUAAAGAUUUUAUGUUUCUUGCUGUCCCAUAGGUUGCAAGGCAAAGCACACAGAGGAUUAGAUAGCAUUAUUAAUUAAUGAAAAUUUAGAAGACGAAGAUGAAAAUUUGCAAUAAUAGUAGCAAAGUGAUACAGAUACAUAAACUAAUGAUGAAAAUAGUUUUGUUGAAUACAAUAUUUCUCUGAUUAGUUCAAUAUGUAAGAAUAAACUAAAAUUGCUAUAAAAAAGAAUUAAUGGACAUUAAGAGUCUAUUUUUUUGGUGAUUAAUGACAUUGACUCUAAAAAUAUUUAGGAGACUUACGAAUUUGUUAAAGGGGAUAAAAUAAAAGCAAUUAAAAUAAAGUUCAUACAACUUUUUCAUAGAUUUAAAUAGGCUGAUUUGCAUAAAUUUUUCAACAUGGUUCAAGGCUUGACUAAUUUAGAGAUUUUGCAAAUAUCUAAUUAAGAUGAUAUAUUUCAAAGUAAUCCAACACGUAUGAAAAUCCCAUUAUUUUAACCAACUAGAAAUGGAAGUCUUUCUAAACUUAAACAUUUUAGCCUGAAUUCUACAUUGAUGCAACUAAACUACCAAACUUUGUAAAAUUUUGAAAAAGCUCUUACAAGCUAGCAAGAGGUAUAAGGUUGCUUAGAGAGCUUUAACUUAUUCACUGUUGAAUGCGAAUUAGACAAAAAGUGUUUUCGCUUUAUAAACAAUAUUUUGUACUUUAAUAGAAACACUCUUAAAAACAUAGAUAUUAAAGUAGCUGAAUGUGAUUUUGAUUAAGAUAAUCCUAUUAACGAAAUAGGCAAAUCUAUUUAAGAAAUGAAAGAACUCCAAUCAAUCACUCUUUAACUUAACUUAAUCUAAUCAGAAUUCGAAUUAGUUAACACUAAUCUAUUGAAGUUUUUUGAAGGUAUAUCUAAAUGUAAAAGCUAGCAUUUAAACUAAAUUUCUAUUAUCCUACUAAAUGUUUAUAUUUUGUCUUGUUCUAAAGUUGGCCAAUCAAUUUCAAGAAUUCCAUCUAUAUCAUAUUUUGGCCCUAUUAGUGUUACACAAGCUGUAGAAAUGGGAAUAGCUUUAGGAAAAUCUCAACAAUUGACAAAUCUUAAAAUUUAUUCAAAGAGUGAUGAAAUGGCUUUAAUGCUUUCUUACUUAUUGCAUUUUUCAAAAACUCUUUAAAAAGUUCAUAUUGAUUAUCAGGGAAAAAAAUUACUUUCUUUCAAAGAAAUAUAUACAGGAUUAAAAUCAAAUUAGUCUCUCGAUGAUAUCACAAUUACAACUAGUGAUUCUAUCGCCACCAACAUUAAAGGUUUAUCUUAUAUUGGAAAGGGUAUAUCGCUAAAUUAGACGUUAAAAAAAAUAGGAAUUAUGUAUUACUCUAAAGGUGAUUUUGAUUAUUUUUAUAAGUUUUUUGAUUAUAUAUCAUCUAGUUAAAGCAUUGAGUAAAUAAGUUUUGAUUUUUAGUCUGAUAAUAAAUUGGAUAAAUUUGAUCCAAAAGCACUAUCUAGUAGCCUUUCUUAAGUCAAAAAUUUAUAAGAGUUUCAUUUUGGGUUUAAUCCUUUCUAAUAAAAGAAAAAAAAAGACAAAUUAGAUUAUAUUAAGCUACUAAAAGGACUACUUGACCAUAAGUACACAUUUAAUAUAUAAUUAAGCGACUCUUAUCAAGAUAUUUAAGAAAUUACUGAUAGUCUUUAUAUUGAAUGUGAAAAUUUAAUUCUUACUUAAAUUGCAUUUAAUAAAAUAAUAAGUCCCUUCCUUCAUUACAAUCCUAUUAGGCACAUUGAAGAUUUGUACUUCUCAUGA